ACAUCGUGAACCCGACGGUCUCAGUCAGUGGCGAGGGGUCUUGCCCUAAUUCGGCGUUUUGUUCCCAUGUGGCACAUUUUUUUUGCUUGGCCGAGCUUCCGCCCCGCCCUUCCCUUGCAGACGACGUUUCUGGUCCAUUCUGCCUCGAGACUGCCUCGUCAGCAACGUAGACCGGUGCCGUAUCGACACAAACUUUGGACUCGUCUACGACAGCAUGGAAGUCAACAAAGAAGAGGCUCUGAGAUGCCUCGCUAUAGCUCAGAGACAUCGAAAUUCAUCCAAUCUUCCCAAUGCACUGCGAUUCGCCAAAAAAUCAGUAGCUCUCUAUUCUACGCCCGAAGGAGAAGCCAUGGUCGUCGUUAUCGAGCGAGAGAUAUCGACUGGGGGAUCCAGUUCGAAUGCUGAUGCUGGUCCAUCCUCUAAUGGAACUGGUGACACAACUUCCAAGGCCAAAGCGUCGGGCGUAGAAGAGCAUGUCUCAUCUGCUCAUUCCCGACCUGGACAUCAUACCGAAGCCAAGACUUCGACGAGUGGAGCUUCAUCUACCACGCCGGCCCCGAAAAAGAGAGAAUAUACAGCCAAGCAGAUGGAAGUGGUCACCAGGGUGAAGAAGUGCAAGCAUCAUCAAUAUUAUGAGAUCUUAUCGUUGGAACGAACUUGUACAGAAAAUGACGUGAAAAAGGCAUACAAGAAGCUCGCGCUGGUCCUACAUCCAGAUAAGAAUGGGGCGCCGGGCGCAGACGAAGCUUUCAAGAUGGUUUCUAAAGCUUUUCAAGUCUUAUCAGACGCCGAUAUGAGAGCUUCCUUUGACGCGAAUCCUUCGGUGGAUCCGACUUCUAGAGGUGGCGGUGGUGGAGGAGGAAUGUAUAGUCGAGGAGGCGGUGGUUUCCCACCGGGCUUUGGUGGUGCAGGUGGCGGUUUCCAAGGGGAACUCAACCCUGAAGACCUGUUCAAUAUGUUCUUUGGCGGAGGUGGAGGUGGCUUCGGCCAAGGAGCAAAUGUAUUUACCUUUGGCGGUCCUGGAGGAUUCACAACGCACUAUGGAGGUCGAGCUCGACGUCGAACUGCUGAAGCACCAGAAGAAUCACAUCCCAUGAUGGCUUUGAUCCCUAUACUCCUCUUAGUCUUCUUCGCGAUCGUUUCCAUCUUACCGAAUAUUACCGGUGAUCAUGACAACACUCCAUCUUACUCUUUUGAACCGGAUCAAAAUCAUCAUUUGGGUCGACAGACUUUCUUCAGAGGUGUACCGUAUUGGGUCAACCAAAAGGAGUGGGAGGGUUCAAAGGUGUGGGAGAGUGUCCCUGAGGCAAGAAGAGAAGAUAAGAAUGCGGCACUGUUCAGCACGAAGGUGAAAUUGUUUGAGCGAGGCGUAGAGAAUGUCUACAUCAAUAGGCUUCAUAACGAAUGCGACUACUUCAAUCAACGUGUAUCUCAACAAGUAUCUGAAGCUGCAGGCAUCUUUGGUAUAGGAGCAGAUUACGAAAAGAUGAAGGAGCUCAGGGCACUCAAGUCGCCUGCAUGUGAGCAGUUGAGAGAUUGGGGAGUCUUGCAUCAGCAGAAUAGGCAAAGGGUCAGCUUCUGAGGAAUCGGGGUUUUCGCUUCGGGAGUUCAUAUGGUAUAGGUCUAGUGUUGUCACGUCUUAGCAUCUCAUGUCGUGCAUCGGGUCAGGGCGAGAGA